AUGGAACCUCACUACCACUUCCCCAACCCUGGAUCCCUCUCACCAAACCCUUCCAUCCUACAGCUUCAUGAUGAGUUUCCACCUCGCUCUGUCCUCUCCCCUCGCUCCCCCGGGGUAGGGCUGCUGUCUAACGUUGUUGUGUGUAACCCCCCUCCCCCACCCCCGCUGUGCUGUUGCCAGGUGAGGGGUGCCCCUGCCAUCGCGAUCGUCGGCUGCCUGAGCCUGGCCGUUGAACUACACCGGAGGGACGAAGGGGCCAAUAAGGAUGACCUGGCCAGCUUUGCACUCGAGUCGCUGGGGCAUCUCGUGACCUCCAGGCCCACGGCGGUGAACAUGGCGCAGGCAGCGCGGGAACUGUCCGACUUUGUGUCACGUGAGGUCAAACGGCCGGACUCCACAGCAGAGAGCUUCAAAGAAAAUCUGAUUUGCAGAAUCGAGGCCAUGUUGGACAAGGACAUCCAGGACAAUAAAAGUAUCGGGAACCACGGGGCCAAACACAUCGUCUCCAGGGCGAAAACAGAGAAAGUAAUUAUCCUCACGCAUUGUAACACUGGCUCACUGGCAACAGCAGGAUAUGGAACAGCGCUGGGUGUCAUCCGCUCGCUGUGGUCCAUGGGUUGUCUGGAACAUGUUUACUGCACAGAGACUCGGCCGUACAAUCAGGGGGCCAGGCUCACUGCCUACGAGCUGGUGCAUGACAAGAUCCCAGCCACACUCAUUGCUGAUAGCAUGGUCUCCAUGGCGAUGAAGGAGAAAGGGAUAUCAGCUGUUGUGGUGGGGGCGGACCGUAUCGUGGCCAACGGAGACACAGCCAAUAAGAUUGGGACCUACCAGCUGGCCAUCGCGGCUCUGCACCACCGCAUUCCUUUCUACGUGGCAGCCCCCAGCUCGUCGUGCGACCUGACUCUGGAGAGCGGGGAUCAGAUCGUCAUCGAGGAAAGGCCUGGCAAGGAGCUGACAUAUUUCAACGGAGCCCGUGUCGCUGCACCAGGUAUCGAUGUGUGGAACCCCGCGUUUGAUAUUACACCUCACAGCCUCAUCACAGCGGGAAUUGUUACACAGUUUGGGGUUCAUGAUCCUGGAGAACUUCGGAAAGCAUUGACUGAUAACGCACAUCGGGACACGAGCCACACUUGUUAAUUGUACACUUCCUCUUCGCCUCUUCCUACCCAUGUCCCUCGUUGCUCUCACAUUUGUUUGUUUUCGAUCCGAGGCCUUUCUUAAUUCUUCCUGAAUGCCUGCUCGUUACUCAAGUUUCCCUUAGAUCCCCAAACCAGAGUAUUCAAUCCGUGUUCCCUGCCUUUGAAAAUCAACAUUAGCCACUGACACAGGGCAGCGCAAUGGUUGGCACUGCUGCCUCACAGCGCCGGGGACCCGGGUUCAUUUCCUCCCUCGAGCGACUGUCUGUGUGGGGUUUGCAUAUUCUCCCUGUGUCUGCCCGGGUGCUCUGGUUUCCUCCCACAGUCCAAAGAUGUGCAGGUUAGGUGGAUCGGCCAUGGGAAAUUGUCCAGAGAUGUGUUGGUUAAGUUUGGCCGUGGGAAAUGUAGGGUUAUGUGGAUAGGGUAGAGGGGUGGGCUGCUCUUUGGAUGGUCAGUGUGGACUCAAUGAGCCAAAUGGCUUGCUUCCACAGUGUAGAGUCUACAACACUUGACCAUGACCACAAGAUUUUUCUCAAAUCUUCUCUUUUCUUUGCUGUCUUGACAACAAACUGGAUGCUGGUUUAAAUUAAACUGAUUUGGCAUCAUCUUG